AUUUGGGGGGGAGUCAGUGUUUGAGAUUAAUGAGGCACCCUGUUUUGAGUGAGCGCAAGCAAAGCAGACCUGCCGAUUUCAACAUGGUUUCUGUGACUUAUAUUUUCACAUGGGGCUUGUUUGCGUGCUCGCUGGCGAAACAUUUCCACGCGGGACAAAAGUCGUUUGUGGGGAGGCCGCCGAGGGAGUUGAGGGCUGAUGAGGAGCGACCCAGUUGGGAGAAGUUGAAGACGUCUGAACGCGAUUCGGCAGGACUGAAUGAACACUCAUGCCCAAGUUUUCCUGGAGUCGAGUCAGCGCUGUUAAACAACACCCACACUUUCAACUUUAAAGUGAGGACCAUGGGCUCCCUGUCACUUGCUUGGGUAGGAGAUGAAUCAGGGGUGAUUCUGGUGUUGACCACAUUCCAGGUGCCUUUGUUCAUGAUGCGAUUUGGCCAGUCGAACCUCUAUAGGAGUGAAGACUACGGGAAGACGUUCAAUGAUGUGACCCACCUGAUCAACCACACUUUCAUCCAGACAGAUUUUGGCAUUGCUGUCAGCCCGGAUCACUCUGGCAAGGUGAUCCUGACAGCUGAUGUGUCCGUAAUUGGGGGGUUUCGAUUAUUUCGCUCACGAAACUUUGGCCAGACCUUUGAGACAUCGGAACUACCCUUUGAGCCCUUAAUUCAGAUGCUGUACAACCCUGGAGACAGCAACAUACUUCUGACUCUCAGCAUCAAGUUGGAUUUGUGGCUUUCAGAUGAUUUUGGCGCCACCUGGCGGAAGAUUCAUGACAGUGUUUGUCUCGUCAGAUGGGGUGCAAAGAAUAGCAUUUACUUCACGACUAACUACAACGGCUCGUGCAAUGACAAAGGAAUGUUGGAGUUAAGGAAAACAGCAGACUAUGGCAGAAGCUUCCACACAAUCGCAACAAGAGUUUACUCGUUCGUACUGGGGGGGCGCUUUGUUUUUGCCUCCAUCAUGACUGGAAAGGACACAGAGCGCAUGAUACACGUGUCUGUGAAUGGAGGAGAACUAUGGAACAUAGCUCAGCUUCCUGCAGUCAACCAUGAGCAGUUUUAUUCCAUUCUGGCAGCCAAUGAAAACAUGAUAUUUAUGCACGUGGAUGACCCGGAAGACUCUGGAAUUGGAACAAUCUAUGUGUCUGAUGACAGAGGAACUGUGUUCUCCAAGUCUCUGGAGCGCCAUCUCUACACCACCACAGGAAGUGACACUGACUUCACCACCAUUACUUCACUCAGGGGCGUUUACAUGACCAGCGUGCUCACAGAGGACGGAGCAGUGGAAACCAUGAUCACCUUCGACCAAGGAGCGCAAUGGCAGACACUGCGUCGACCGCAAAACAGCCCUUGUGACACUGAGACCUCCACUAACAGGCCAAAUAGAUGUAGACUCCACAUCCACGCCACCUACAGCACUGCCAUGAAGAUGAACGUCCCCAUGCUGCCACUCUCCCAGCCAAGUGCAGUGGGCCUUAUUCUUGGUCAUGGUAUCAAAAACACAGAGAACUUACUGAAUAAUAUUUCUUGUAUGGUUUGCCAUAACAUGUUCCUCUCUUCAGGCAGCGUGGGGGAUGCUGAGUCCACUGUCAUGCCCGACGUCUAUGUGUCUGACGAUGGUGGCUACUCGUGGUUGCUGUCCCUUACGGGUCCUCAUCAUUAUGCUAUAUUAGACUCAGGGGCUCUUCUUGUGGCUGUGGAGCACACCAACUUACCUGUCAAUCAAAUCAAGUUUUCCACUGAUGAAGGACAGUGCUGGCGUACUUAUAACUUCACCAGUGACCGCUUCCACUUCAGCGGUAUGGACAGUGAGCCGGGCUCCCGCUCCUUGAAUGUCAGUUUGUGGGGGUACAGGAACGACUUUACCAAAUGGGUCGUGAUCACCAUCGACUUCAGGAAUCUCCUCACCCGAGACUGUAACGACGAGGACUACGUGCCGUGGUUGGCUCACUCUGCUGACCCUGACAGCUCCGAUGAUGGCUGUGUGUUAGGCUACAAGGAGACCUUCCUACGUUUGAGGAAAGACUCUGCGUGCUGGAAUGGGAGAAAGUUCAGUGGCAGGCAGCGUCUGUCUCCUUGUGCUUGUACACUGGACGAUUAUCAAUGUGACUUUGGAUACUUCCGACCUGAGAACAGCUCGGAGUGUGUGGAGCAGGAGGAGAUGAAGGGCCAUCCUCUAGAGUUUUGUCUCAAUGGAACCACUGAAGAACUGCAGACCAGUGGUUACCGGAAGAUUCCAGGAGACCUGUGUUCGGGUGGAUUCCAGCCAGUUAGAAAGGAGACUGACCUGAGGAGGAGGUGCACCAGUGAUGCUCUUAAUCCAUUUUCUCUGACUGAAAGCGGCUCACUAAAUGCUGCAGUCAUAGCCGUGGUUGUCAUAGCCAUGCUGCUGAUAAGCACUGUCAUGGGCGUCUGGGUGGUCAAGAAAUAUGUCUGUGGUGGACGAUUCCUUGUGCACCGCUAUUCUGUCAUGAGGGAACAUGCUGAAGCUAACAAAAUAGAAGGGGUUGACGACGUUGACGCCCAGUACAUGGAAACGGGAAUAGCGCAGUACAACGACGAUUCAGAUCAGAUGCUGAUUAACAUCUGCUUCUCAAUUUUUGCUAUCCCUGGUGGCUGGAGGACGCAACAGCAGUUGGCUGAAUUAUCCCAUGGUUGACGUUCCCACAAAGACAGACAAGACCACAGAGACAAACCAACGGAAUGUGGAGGGGUAGGGAGUACAAACUCAGCACAGAACAAAAGAAAGGCUCAGAAGUCCCUGAAGAGCUUUUAUUGUUUCUGUCAGGACGUUGGAGCGUCAAAUCGUGCUCUCAGAGACCGCGUUUGGCAUUUAACAAUGCACUGCAGAGGAAUUAGAUAAGUUUUAUCUUACAGUGUUAUGGAACAGUUAAGUAGAAUAUCACUACUGAAAUAAGUCCUGAAUAUUUUUAGUUUAUGUUUGCCAUCUUCAAAAUAGUUUUGAAUUCUGUACAUUUAAAACUUGCCCAUUAACACAGUCAAUGUAGACAUUUCAUUUUGUAGUUCUAGCUAAACUGGGCUUAUGUUUAAAUACUGUUUUUCAUAUAUUUACAGCUUGGAUGUUUUCGGUGUUGUUGUUUUUUACAAAUUUUUUUUUUUUUUUUUAGAAACAAGCACUUUUGAUUUUAUUAACAUUUAAAUGUCCGCUCCCACGGAGUCAUGACUUUUCAUUUUUGACUCUAGACAGUUUACCUUUUUUUAAUAUACAUAUAUAUAUAUAUAUAUAUAUAUAUAUAUAUAUAUAUAAAAGCUUCUGAAAUAAUCACAUGGUGACACACUUUAGAUGUCAGCCUUUUAAUGCACACUGUUUGUGUCAAGUGUGGGGUGUAGCUGGACCCAAGAGCAGGCGGAGGAAGAUGUAAAAUGAUGAACAGUUUAUUGAAGAGAGGUUAUGGAGGUGGUCCUGGAUGUGUUGGCAGGCGGCGGCGUGGACAGGAGGCAGGCAGUGGACAGAACAGGCGGCUGGCUUGGUGGCAGGAAUGACGUGGGUCACGAACACAGGGGAGCACUGGGAACGAGGAGACACAUAACAAGGGAAACGAGGAACAGGAUACCUUACUUGACAUAAGGUGGGCCGUGGUACCGCUAGGAGAGGCUGCAAUACUUAGGCGAGGAUUUCCGGGAACAGGCAGGCUUAUAUACACCGGUGAUGAUGAGGCUGAUUGAAGACAGGUGCUGAAAACAGAGAGGGGAGGGGGGAGAGAGAGGACACAAAGCACCCUCCCGGCUCCAAUAAUGGAACUGCAGGGCAGUAGUAUAUGACAGUUUGCUUGUUUUAUAAAUGCUAAAACUACUACAUAUAUUUUUAUUUCUUACAAAAAAAAAGCACACUAAAUGUCAGCAAUAUAGAGUAAUAAAAUAACAUGUCAUUGUCCAGUAUUAUGCGUAACAAAUAGUUUGUUCAGUUGACUCUUAUUCUCUAAAGUUUUUGAGUGACAUAUGUGAACCAUACAAUUCUAAUGCUGAUUAAAUAGAUUGAUGACAUGAUAUCAAAAAUACAAAGAAGAAGAUGAAUAUUCUGGUGUGCUCCAGAAAUAUGUUGUAAAAUUGCUCUUUGAUUUAAACGCAUUUGGACAGUCAGGGUCAAAAGGUAACCGUGAAUGAAUUUAUUUUUUCUAUUUUUUUCUCAGCAGAACCAGUCAUGUUACUGAAGUGAAAUACAAGUAUGAAAUUUGGAAUAAAUGUUCAAAUGCUCUACAAUUGUUCUUAGUGGGUAGGAAAGGUGAAGCAUCACCGAUAUUUUUCAAUCCCCAUUUUGUGCAGUGAAAACUAAAGACUUGAAUUAUUGCCAAAGCACUUUUAUUGUUUCAUUUUCUAAUUGUAGAGCAAAAUCCACUAUAGCCCAGCAAUUAACAAACAUGAAGUUAAUCCUAACUCAAAAACUUUACUUGAAAUUUCUUUUUUGUAAAAUGCACCGAUUUACUGUUAUAUUUUUUUAAUAUUUCCCCACAUCAGUCAACGUGUGUCAUUAAGAUGGAUGCAGGUACAACAUGUUUUUGUUACUAUACAUACACUUUAUCCAGUAUUUUUAUGAUAUGGCAUGUAUUGUAUAUCUAAUAUUAGGAGCUGAAAUUUAACGUACAGGCAAGGCUCGUUUCCUCGAACAGAAGAUUAAUAUCACAGCAAAUAAGCUAUAUACUGUAGAGCUGGCCUGAUAGAUAGGCAUUUUCUCAAGGACAGUUUGUCAGGUAUGAGAGCAGCUACACAUGCUUGAUGUCUCUUUGUAUACUCAAUAGCUAUUUACUGGAGUUCAUGAUUAACACUUUUGCACUGUAUCUACACAUCUGUGAAAAAAAAAUUUUUAAAAAAUGCGUUCUUGCCUAUACGUACAUAUGGUACCAUGACUGUCAUUCAUUUCUUGACAUUGCUGUGGUAUGACCAAGGAGGAUGAGUAUUUGAAAUAAAAGUAUCACAUAGCACAGAUUCAUAAACAUUUUGUAUGCAUCUUUUUAAUGAUAUUAUUGAUGAAUUAAAUGUUAUCUCUUUCACAUUAAUCUGUGCUCCGAUUUUGUUUGGUCUGUCGUAAAUCGUGCAUUAAUGUAAUGAAUGUAUCAAUCCAUUAAGUGUUUUAUUUAAUCGGCUAAUUUCCAGAUGGUCAAAUUCUCUGACUGCAGUAAUAAAGCUUUCUAAUAAGGUACACAGUGUUGUUUGCCUGUCGUUAAAAGAUUUUAUAUGCUUAAUGUAAUGUCUUGAGUGUAGGUCAUUAAGGGUAAGUAAGCCCUGUUGUUAGUGGUUGUGACAUCAUCAAAGAUGGAUGCGCAAAAGACAUUUCAGAUGAAAAUAAGGGGACAUUUAAGCUUCAUAUUGUUGGCUGAAGUUAGGGAGUCUGCAUGUCGAGUGCUUGAGUGUGAGUUGUAGCCGAUCGCAGCUUUUGUAUGAAUGUGGAUUCUGUUACCUAGUGAUGGCAGUUUGACAAAGGGCCUCUUCUGAAAGUAAACUCUCCUAACCUUGAUGCCGAUUAAAAAAUAGAAAUUAAAAUCAUAUAUUAGGACCAGAGGUGGGUCGGAAUGCGCUACGUUUACUUCGUUGUAUAUAGUAAAGUAACAUUUUGGAUAAAUUGUUCUUGUCGGGGCGGCACGGUGACCGACUGGUUAGCGGAUCUGCCUCACAGUUCUGAGGAGUGCGGUUCAAUCCCCGGCCCCGCCUGUGUGGAGUUUGCAUGUUCUCCCCGUGGCUGCGUGGGUUUUCUCCGGGCACUCCGGUUUCCUCCCACAUCCCAAAAACAUGCAUGGUAGGUUGAUUGACAACUCUAAUAAAUUGCCCGUAGGUGUGAAUGUGAGCGUGAAUGGUUGUUUGUUUCUAUGUGCCCUGCGAUUGGCUGGCGACCAGUUCAGGGUGUAACCCGCCUCUCGCCCAAAGAUAGCUAGGAUAGGCUCCAGCAUGCCUGCAACCCAAGUGAGGUUAAGCGGUACAGAAAAUGGAUGGAUGGAUGGGUGGGUGGGUGCGCGAUCAAUUUUCAUUUUUCAUUUUCGACUUCCGCAUGGGACGCGCUUGCUGAUUACUAUAGUGACGUUUGACUCAAGUUCACCAAACAAACAUAAAAAAAAGGUCACGUCAGCACACAAAGUCUUUGAGUGGGCUUCGCGCGCCAAUCAGAGUGAGCCGUGACAGCUGCGCAUGACUCGUGUUUACAUUACAGGCUAUGAAAAACAGCUUUAACAUGCAGUGUAGUUUUGUCACUGUCCAAACUUGCAUAUUUUGGCCGACUUCUCUUGAGAAAACACCUUGCAGUAAGUUGCAGAUGUUUUUGCUGUUGUUUUGGCUGUGCAUACGGCAACAUUAACACUACUUUAUGGUCACAAGCAGAGUUUGGUAGAGUAGCCAAAUAU